AUGAGCCCAACUGGCUCGCCUUCUGCAGCGACCAGUGAAGACUUCGAAGACUCGCGAGGCGACCACGAAGACCUUGAAGAAUACUCGGAGGCACGAGACGACCUGCACUUCGACCCUUCGGACCAAGAGACAAUGGAGCAGGACGACCAGCUCCAGCUCAUCGUUCGACUGCAGUCCGAGCUGGCAGAACUGAAGAAGCAGCUCGCGACGCGAGCGCCCCGUGCCCCCUCCAUGUCGGAUACUAGCAUGGAAACCGCACCUCCAUCACCGAAGAAGCCUAAAAUCAAGGACGUACGCUGCUCGAACUUCAAGGGAAACGAGGUUUACCCUGGGUUAGUGUAA